GGGCUCGACUCGAAUCUGAGGCGAGCGGGCGGGCUUGUUCUGAGGGACUUUCGGUGGGCGCCGCCACUAUCACCACCGCCGCCGCCGCCGGAGACGAGGCCGAAGGGAGGAGGAGGAAGAGAGGAAGAGAAAGCAGCGGCGGCGGCGCUCGGCUCCUCUUUCCCUCCCUCCUCCGGCCGGGGCGGAUGCUUUGUGGGUAGGAGGCGAGCCGAGGAGGAGGAGAGGCGGCCGCCUGGCGGGCUGGCUGGCUAGCAGGCGGGCUGGUGGCGGCGGCGGCGGAGGCGACGGCGGGGCCUGGGCCGGGCCGGGCGAAGAUGGUGCUGCUGAGGGUCCUCGUCCUGCUCUGCUCUUGGGCGGCCGGAGCCGGAGGUCAGUAUGGAAACCCUCUAAAUCAACACAUAAGACAUUAUGAAGGAUUGUCAUAUGAUGUGGAUUCCUUACACCAAAAACACCAGCGUGCCAAAAGAGCAGUAUCUCAUGAAGACCAAUUUUUACGCUUAGAUUUUCAUGCUCAUGGAAGACAUUUUAACCUUAGAAUGAAGAGAGAUAUGUCCCUCUUUAGUGAUGACUUCAAGCUAGAGAUAUCAGAUAAAGUAAUUGAUUAUGAUACCUCCCACAUUUAUACUGGGCACAUUUAUGGUGAGCAAGGAAGCUUUAGCCAUGGAUCUGUAGUUGAUGGAAGAUUUGAAGGAUUCAUCAAGACUCACACUGGGACCUUUUAUAUUGAGCCAGCAGAAAGAUAUGUUAAGGACAAAACCCUGCCUUUCCACUCAGUCAUGUACCAUGAAGAUGAUAUUAGAUAUCCACAUAAAUAUGGACCACAAGGUGGUUGUGCUGAUCAUUCCGUUUUUGAAAGAAUGAAGAAGUACCAAAUGACUGGUGUAGAAGAGCCAACAAACCAGGAACCUUCAGAAGAACAUAACAAUCAUGGCCCAGAGCUUUUAAGAAGAAAACGAGCUGCACAAGCUGAGAAAAAUACUUGCCAACUCUACAUUCAGACAGACCAUCUAUUCUUCAGAUACUAUGGAACAAGAGAAGCUGUGAUUGCACAGAUAUCCAGCCAUGUUAAAGCAAUUGACACAAUUUACCAGUCAACAGACUUCUCAGGAAUCCGGAACAUCAGUUUUAUGGUGAAAAGAAUAAGAAUCAACACUACUCAAGAUGACAAAGACCCUUCCAAUCCCUUCAGAUUUCCAAACAUAGGUGUGGAGAAAUUUUUAGAGCUGAAUUCUGAGCAGAAUCAUGAUGACUAUUGUUUGGCCUAUGUGUUCACUGAUCGUGACUUUGAUGAUGGCGUCCUUGGCUUGGCCUGGGUUGGAGCACCUUCAGGGAGUUCUGGUGGAAUAUGUGAAAAGAGCAAGCUGUAUUCUGAUGGCAAAAAGAAGUCCUUAAACACUGGCAUCAUCACUGUGCAGAACUAUGGCUCUCAUGUCCCUCCUAAAGUCUCUCACAUCACCUUUGCACACGAAGUUGGCCAUAACUUCGGUUCUCCACAUGAUUCUGGAACAGAAUGCACUCCCGGAGAGUCUAAAAGUUUGGGACAAAAAGAAAAUGGCAAUUACAUCAUGUAUGCAAGAGCAACAUCUGGGGACAAACUUAACAACAACAAAUUCUCUAUCUGUAGUAUUCGGAAUAUCAGUCAAGUUCUUGAAAAAAAGAGAAAUAAUUGUUUUGUUGAGUCUGGCCAGCCCAUCUGUGGAAAUGGACUGGUAGAGCCAGGAGAACAGUGUGACUGUGGCUAUAGCGACCAGUGUAAAGACGAAUGUUGUUACGAUGCAAACCAAGCAGAAGACAAGAAGUGCAAGCUAAGGCCAGGCAAGAAUUGCAGCCCUAGUCAAGGUCCCUGUUGUACACCACAGUGCGAAUUCAGGAAAGAAGGAGCCAAGUGUCGGAAUGAUUCAGAGUGUGCAGAAGAAGGGAGGUGCAAUGGCACCUCUUCUUUCUGCCCAACAUCUGCACCUAAGCCUAACCUGACAGACUGCAACAGAAAUACACAAGUUUGCAUAAACGGCCAAUGUGCCGGUUCUAUCUGUGAGAAGUAUGGCUUAGAAGAAUGUACAUGUGCUAGCUCUGAUGCGAAGGAUGAUAAAGAAUUAUGCCACGUCUGUUGCUUAAAUAAAACGCGCCAAGACUCAUGUGCGAGUACAGGAUCUGCUCAGUGGAAGGAUCAUUUCGAUCACAAAACCAUUACACUGCAGCCAGGAUCUCCUUGUAACGACUUUAAAGGUUACUGCGAUGUGUUUAUGAGGUGUCGUUUGGUGGAUGCUGAUGGCCCCCUAGCCAGGUUAAAGAAGGCAAUUUUCAAUCCAGAGCUGUAUGAAAACAUUGCAGAAUGGAUUGUGGCACACUGGUGGGCUGUACUGCUCAUGGGGAUUGCCCUGAUCAUGUUGAUGGCCGGUUUCAUUAAGAUAUGCAGCGUUCAUACCCCGAGCAGCAAUCCAAAGCUGCCCCCACCUAAACCACUUCCAGGCACUUUGAAGCGAAGGAGACCGCCCCAAACAACUCAGCCCCCUCCGCGCCAGAGGCCCCGAGAGAGUUAUCAGAUGGGACACAUGAGACGUUAAGUGCUGAUUUUGCCUUGGUUCUUCCUAGUGCCUACAGUGGGAAAAUUUCACUCCAAAGAAAACCUAUAUUAAGUCAUUGUCCCUGGUCUAACUUUUAACUCAAAUGCAAAAGAAGAAGAAAAGGCAAGAUGUGAGAUUCUCAACACAAGUGGAGAAGUCUGCUGAUUGCAUUUCCCUGCCCAACAGAGAAGCGGCUGAUCUUGAAGCAAAUUUUAACGGUGCUAAGCACCAUGUUUUCCUCCUCCCUCAGCUCUUCUUGGUUGCCUUUUCCUCACUUGCAGGCAAACGUGGCUCUUGUGAAACUUCUGUCCACACAAAUUAAAGCAUAUAUUUUUCAACUGUCAAGGCUAGGAAGCUAGACCGCCUCAACAUUGGAGACAUUACUUUGCCAAUGUACAUAAAUGAUUAUAUGCAGACAUUGUAUUUCUAAUGUACACCUGUACUUCUGUGUGCAAUUGUAAAACAAGAGAAUUGCAAUAUGGAUGUUUCUUUGUAUUAUAAACCUUUUACGCUCUUAAUGAAAAAAAAUUACUGUUUAAUUGACAUACUCAGGAUAACAGAGGCUGAUGGUGUAUAAAGGUCCAGGAUUCUGUAAUGCUUUAUGCAGGAAUUGUGAAUCAAAUCAAAUCCUUUUUUUAUGUAUCUAUAUUAUGGUCAAGAUUUCUGAUAACGCACGCUCCGAUAAUGCAAAACCCAGAUUGCUUCUCCUGCACAAGCCCCACUAGAACGAAGGAAGCUCUGCUCCAAGGAGGCAUUGUGUAGGAAACGUUGGCUCUGGAUUGUGUUUGCGCAUUUCGUAUUAUGCCGUUGCUGUCCUGGGGAUAGCGCACGCCAGGAGGUUCCCACCAUCCGUAGGUCUUUUUUCUUUUUUUUUUAAUGUAAAAUGUCUUGUCUUCUGAGAGCUCAGCAUAAGUAUUUUCAAAAGAGAAUAAAAUCUUUGCCUAUUCUUCUGUUAAAUGAUCAAAUAUUUUUUUUCAUGCUUUGGUAGAAAGAUAACGUCUGUUAUAUUUUUCUCAAAAGGUUGCAGGUGGCUUUCUUUGAUACGCUCCGAUAGUCUUAAUAUGUGGUAAUUAGGUUUCCAAUUCCAACAAAUUUGGGAGAGAUAAAAAGCUGUGUUUAAUUUUUGUUUUUAAUCUAACAAGUAUUUUAGUAACUUUUCAGCAUGAUACUGUUUUUAAGGAUAACCACUAAAACAGGAGUAACUGCUGCAGCAGCUGCUGUGGUUGUGUUAAUUGUGUAGGCUGGGGAAUGUCUGUGAAAGGCACUUGAAGGAGUAGGGGAGCUCAAACAGCACAAUGGCCCAAAGUUUUUAUUAAAAGUGUAUAUAAUUGGCGUUUAUAAAAAAAGAAGAAGCAAAAGCAAUGUUGUAAUACGCUUAACUGCUAUGCAGACAAUGGAAGAGGGCAUUAUUCAAGCUUGUGAUACACUGCUUCUGUUUUUCCAAAAGCACCAAGCUAAUUAAGAAACAAAUGGCUAUAUAAUAUUUCUGGCUUUGCUUAGGUAUCAAAUUUUAUUAAGGGUUUGGCCAGGGUGGUUUGUUUUUCGUUUAGUUUUUUUGUUUUGGUUUUUUUCCAAGAGUAUGAGGUUUACACACGCAUUCUCAUAAUGUGACGCAAGCCAGCAAGGCCAAAAAUGUUAAAAGAAUAUAAUGGGAUCUCUUCCUUGUAAAACUUGUACAGUAUGUGGUGACUUUUUUCAAAAUACAGCUUUUUUGUACAUGGUUUAGAGACAAAUUUUGUACAUGAAACCCCCCCCAGACCAAUAGACUAUAAAUAAUUCUGAAGGAUCUUAACUUGUUAGAAAUCUCUGUAGUUGCUUUUAAACCAUUUUAAAAUACAUUUUGGGGUUGUUCUGUUUUUGUUUUUGUUUUUCUUCUUCAGACUGUGCAAAGACUGAAAGCUAGGUUUGCAUUUCUAAAAUGGUGACUUUUAUUCUGCAAGAGUUCUUAGUAACUUCUUGAGUGUGGUAGAUCUUGGAACAUGUAAAUUCUUUGCUUGUAAUGUUAUCCUGUGGCUAGGGUGUUUGGCAGAGAGCUGGCUACCCUGUUUUAUUUUGGGUCUAAGUUUAAUGUUUUCUGCAAAGAGAGAAAAAAAAGUGCACUGAACUCUCCACUACAAGUCAAGAUGUGGUAAAAUAAAAUUAAAAAUAUCAAGGCAAAUUGCGAUCUAAUACUACUGUCAGUUUAAUGUCCACUGUGUUUUAUACAGUAUCUUUUUUGUUCACUUUGGAAAUUUUUACUAAAAGUUGCAAAAAAAUAAAUAAAGUAUUGUGCAAACAAAUGUAAGUUUUUUUGAAACUUGAAAUGCAUUAAUAAAUAGACCUGAUGAAAUCA